GGUCUAAUAAGGUUGAUAACUCUCAAGCGCAAACCGAAAAUCAAAAUUUAUCCUAAUCUCUCCUCACACAACGCGUCAGAACUUCAGACUCCUGAUUCUCCAUAACAUCUCAUAAGAAUCAUGGCAGAUUUAGAAUUAGCGGCGCGUCUACGAUAUUUGAAUGAGUCGGCACAUUUCCUGGCAACAUCGGCACCUACUACAUCAAAAUAUUUAGUGUCGCAAUGCAAUUCUCUAAUGUUUGAUCACGAAAUUGAACCACCGGAUUUUUCCAAACGAAAAUCAUGCAGUGCUUGCGGGACUAUUAUGUUAUUGGGCUCGGAAGGCAAAUUGGAAGUCAAAUCGCAAAGCUUCAAAAAGAAGCCAAUUCGAAAAAGAGCGAAGGGGGGUUCUAGGGUGGAAAAGGCGAUGAUAUAUACAUGUGGUUCUUGCAACAAGAUGACCAGAAAUCGUCUGGAUUCAGCUCCCGUGAUAUCUAGGUCGAAGAAGGGUGCAGUUCAAAAUGGAGCUGUCUCUCAAACGGUUCCCUUACCGGCGCAGACUUUGACAGCCAACACCAUGGCGCCGCCUUCUAUGAAUGCAAGUAGCAAGAAAAGGGCCAAGACGCGCAAGCUCGGUGGGCUUGGAGCAUUGCUAGCAAAGCAAAAGGCAUCACAGAUAAGCUCAUCCGGGUUCGGUCUUGAUUUGAUGGAUUUGAUGAAGAAGAGUUGAACGUUCCAGCAUGUCUCCUCAAAUUUGCCCGAGAUUGUGAUCAAGAUGCAACAUGUAUCAAUCAGAUAUGGGCGGAAAAGUCGUCACUGUGGGAUAUGCGUACUGUGUCCCCCACGCCAUGGUAUUGUCAACAGAAACACUACGGCGAUAUGUGGCUCCCUCUGAUGGACGUCAAGUUCUUGAUCCGGUCGUGAGGACUCCAUGCAUCAAGAAUACGACGAUAAGACAGACACCCAUACACCCAUACACCCAAUACAAACUCCUCAUCGCGAUAUAACAUUUUUUCCUCGACCCA